AUGGCUCUGAUAAGGGUCGGAGACCUGGCAGAAUUUAGCUGCCCCGAAAGUGCAUCAUCGGCUUUACUAAUUCCGAAGACGUUACGGCAUCGGGGUCCGGGAAGUGCGGGGGGCGCUGCAGUGCGGGCUCGGGGCCGAACGGGCUGCGGGGAGAGGGCGCGGGCGUGCGGGGGCUCAGGGGCGAGGGCGACGGGGGGGCGCUGCGAUGGAGGGGCGCGGGGGGAGGGGAGGCCGCGACCCGGUCACGAGUCGCGAGUCAUGAGUCGACAGAGCGGCCGCGGCGCUAGCCCGCGCGCACCGCGCCGCCCGCCCACCAACCUC